CAUUUAUUUUGUACUGGAUUAUACUACUACACGCAGUUGUUAUACAUGCAAAUUGUUUGCGUGUAAAUUAUCCAAAUUAAAAUGAAUUGUUGAAUGUUUAGGCGCUGCAGGAUCUCGUGGUACUGUACGGUACUGACACAGUGGUAUAGUCAAGCAGUGACUACUAAAGUUAAGGUUUCCGUAAUACUGCAUUUAUUUAUUUAUUUAUUUUUUAAAUAAGAUGCAAUCUAAACAUGUAUAGUUCUUGUCUGUGUAAAGCUGUCUUGGAACAAUUGAUACGAAACACGAACGUACGGGGAAGUUUCUUUAUUAUCCCGGAACUGAGUUGUUGGUCACUACGAGCUACAGUACAGUAGUUUCUGUUUUAAUUAAUGCGUUACUCCUGUGUGAUGUCUCUUCACUUUGAUCUGUGGUGUGUAGUUUUGCAUCGAUUUUUAAGCCUGUAAAGCGGAUUUUAGUCCAGAAAAACCUGCACGUUAAAUGAAGAUCUCUUAACAAAUUUAAGAUCUAAAAUUAAUUCUAAAAUAUGGUCAGUUACAGAAUUUUAGGAAAUUUGAAAAUGAAUACAUUAUUUGGAAAUAUAUUUAACAGCGUUGGUACAGUGAUCUUAAAUUCCAGACGUAAGCGAGUCUAUAGAACAGGAAUUGGAAGUCAGGAAUUGCAGAUGUAUUGUUCUUAUCAGUUACACCCUGUAAAUGUUGCUCUCAAUAGUAGUGCGAUAGUACUGUAACUGUAUGUAGGAUGUUGAUGAUUUGUAUAGAUUCAGGUUGAGAACCACAAUCCUAAAAGGUGUCUCCAGACCACUUUUAUUGUUGUGCCAAGAUGUUAACCACAGGUUCAAAGGGUUGGUAUUAUUAUUAUUAUUAUUAGUUUACCAGUUGUCCUUCACUUGGUUAAAUUACUGGUAAUCACACUGAAAUAAUCUCUAUGUGAUCAAUGUAAAUGCUGUAUGGCUGGUGAAUAUGUAAGAUUAUUUUCCCCCACACAGUACAUAGCAGAAAAAAAGAACAAACCACAAAUACAUUUGUACAGCAUGUCACACAUACAACUGCCACAAUCAGACCAUUUAAUAACUAUACACAUAAUACAAAAGCAGCAAUUUUAAUGUACAUUUAAAGUUAUAUUAAAACCCACUUCUUAGUUUUUGUAUUAUGUGUAUACUGUUAUUUAAUUGGUCUGACUAAGAAAGCCAUUUUAUAAAUGCAUUUUUAGUCUUGACUUGAAAAUUAUAACGCUCCCAGCUCCAGUAUUUGAACAAGCCCCAAAUCAUUUUUCAUUGCUUUUAUUGUAGGUUUUCAAGUGCCGCCGAGCUAAAGCUUAUAGCUUAAAAAAAACAAGUUUGAAAUAAUAUUUGUUCACAAUUUGUUUUGGCGUUAAACAAUACAGUAAUGAACCUACUGAAUGCAUCUUACAGAAUACAUGUUUGUUUGUUUUUUAGUAAGAGAAGAUGUUUACAGAAUACAUGUUUUUUUGCAGCAAGCUGCAUUUUUCUUCAUUAAAGACCUACAGUGAACUGUACAAUGUCAACUACAGUUCUGUCAGCAUGUGAACUGUAGUUUAAAUAAUGGACCAGGGUUUGUAUUAUGAAUUUUCUAUUUAUAUGAAACAGUUGAACAUAAUGAAUACAGAAUGAACAUUUGUUCAAUGAUACACAUUUUUUAAAUAUUACAGUUGAAGUUGAAUGAGGUCAUGUUUGACAUCAGUGUUCUAGAAUUGAAAGAUUAUGUAAAAUUUACUUUCAUUUUCUUUUUUAAACAUAUUUGCCAAUGCAAACCCUGGUGUCCUGUAUCAACAGCUGUGCUUUUUGAUAUUUGUCUUUUACAAUGCAUAAACAAAACAGUGCUGCAGGCAAAUCUUUGCAAUUCAUUGUUACUGUAUUUUUGUUGUAGGUACAUUGUGGUCCUCUCAUACCAAAGUUAUUAUGAAUACCCAUUGUCAGCGUACUUGGAGUAUCCCAUCCUUAUUGCUCAAGAUGUGAUUCUUCUGGUGCUGGUUUUCUACUACAAUGGAAAUCUGAGCCACUGUCUGCUCCCUGCAGUUUUAUUUGUUGCUGUAUGGCCUCUCAUAACUUUUCAGAAGUGGAUUAUUGAUUUGGCUAUGAGCCUGUGCACCUUCAUCAGCGCUGCUAGUAAAUUUGCACAGCUACAGUGUUUGUGGGAAAUAAGAGAUGCUGGGCAAGUAAGUGCUCUGACAUGGGGCAUGGCCAUAUACACCAGUUUAGCAAGGAUUUUUACUACGUUAAUGACAACAGGGGACUUUCAAGUCCUUGCAAGGUUCCUUAUUAUGCUACUUCUCAAUGGCUGGGUUACGGCCACCAUAGUGUACUACAGAAGAGCAGGAAUAAAGCAGGAGUAAAUCCAGCCCAUCAUGGACCAAGACGGCAUUAAUAACCAUUUAUUCUAUACCAAAUUUUACGGGUUUUUCCUAAAUAUUAUUUUAUAAGCAAAGGCAUUGUACAUGUGCGUUGUCUUUAUGUUGUUAUUUCUUGUAACAAUAUUCUCAGCGUUAACAUGCAUAAUUUUUGUUACAAAUUGGGCCUGGGAUAAUGCAGUUGUAACAAUUAAUUGGAUACCAGACAUAUAAUCAAGUCAUUUCAUUACUAUUUUUGUAUUACAUAAAAAUAAAUUGGAAUAAUGCACUUUUUGGAAUUUAUAUGCACAAGUACUUAAAAGUAUAGCAAUGGGCUUUUAAUUAUAGCAGUGCUUUUAACUGUCCAGUGUCACAAAAAUAUGGGUGCUGAUUUAUUUUAUUUGUUGUCUGUCAAUAUCUGUCUACAUUAUCCACACAAACACAGAAGUUAUUUUUACUGUUUAACUGAUGGUUUUCUGAAGUAAUCAAACUUUGGUGGUGUAAUGAGAGCGUUAACCUUUAAACCUCACUUUUUUAUGUUUUUUAGGAUAGAUACUGAUAGAUAUACGGGUAUAUUGCGAUAUUCAUCAGGCAAUAACAUAACCGGUAUUUUUGGUUUAACUAAUUCAGAGAAACGUCUUCAGGAAAAUGUCGGCUAUUAUCUUGCGAGAUAAUCACUUCCUGCGAGAACUCGUAAUGCGAGCAGCGCUAACACAAAAGAAAAUUGACAGAAGCACACAGAUUUUUAGCUGCUUAAAUUCUACAAAGCAGUCACAUGUCUGGAAUCAUUUCCUAAUAAAAAAAAAAUUAAAAAAAUCUAAAAAAGGAUGUCUGUAUCGCAUCAGUCAUUGCAGUUGUUAAUGCAAGGCUUAAGUAAAAUAUGCUGGCGGUGUUAUGGCAAAUUUCUCCCUCCCCUUAGCCCUAAACGAGUCACGUGGAGAUUUCAUUUCGCGAUUCAUUGAACAGAGUAAAAAAUAUAUAUAUUUGUGCGUUUUUUAUUGGUAUUUAAUCAUGUUAAUACUUUUCUUGCUUUUGUGUAUUAUCUCUGGAUACUUUGCAUUACAUUGAUCUGCGUGAGAUUAAAUACACCUUUACAGUAAAUAAAACAAAAUAUUGUUCUAUAGAUUUGGGAAAGUCGCCCCCCACCUCCACCCGUACCAGGAGGUGUGUUGAAGGUGAGUGAUAGCAGGGUGGAUCCAUACUGAUUGGAAGAGUAUAGGAAAUGGGGGUGGAAAUGCUAAUAUAUUCAUAGUAUUUAAUGUAAUGUUUUUGUUUGAAUCGUCAGUCGAUUCUUGGAAUUUGACUCCACGGACGUCUGUGUGAUACCUGUAUAUGUGUCUUUGGUUGUAUCCAAUGAUUAUAUGAUUGUAUUAACAGUAUUUCUUUUAUGCAUAUAAAACAUUUUUGAACAAAA